AUGGCUAAGACAAGGAGUAUGACUAGAAACCAGAAUCAUGAUGAUGAUGCAUCAUCAUCAUCUAGCAGGAAGAAAAGGUUCAAGACUUGUGACAACCGUGUUAUGUCACAUUGGUCAGACCUUAGCCAUGAUAUGCUUUUUGUAGUUACAAUGCAAUUGGGAAUAUUUGAUUUUGUUUCAUUCAGUGGAGUUUGUAAGUCAUGGAGGUCAUUUGCACUUUGUAACAUGAAGAGGUUUAUGGCAUUCAAACCACCCAUGUUGAUGUGGAUCUCUAAUGAUGCAAAUAUGAAAGAGUGCUACUGCUACCUAAAGGAUUUUAAAGGAGGAAAGCGCAAAACCCUACUUCCCCAUUCCACGGACACUAAAUGUAUCAGAUUAACUUGUGGUUACUUGGUGAUGUUAAGUUUGAAAACCAACGAUUACUGGCUUGUGAAUCCUAUCACGAGGCAUGAACUUCAUUUCCCUGCUGUUCCCUGUUCACCAAAUCUUAAUCCAUUCAGGGCUAUCCUGAUCUUUUCACCUUCCCUAUCUGGGUGGUUGUUUGUUCUUAUUCAGAGAUUCUCCCGUUUAAUAUGGUUUUCAAUAGUGGGUACAGGUGCAUGGAAUCAUGUCUCCUGUGCUAUCCCCAUUCUUGAUUUACAUGUUUUCCAAGGUAAGAUGUAUACCCUAAACAAGUGGUGGGAUUUGUGUGAAAUGAGACUUGGUCCAGAGCCCAAAUUGACAUUACUUGAAAUCAGGAGUUUUCCAAAGAGACGCUUCAUCCAUCCGUUGCUUGUAAGUUCGGAUGAAAACCUUUAUGUGAUGGAUGGUUAUAGUUUAAAAGUUCCGUUUGAGGAAAUGGAUUUUCGUGAAAUGAAAUGGGUGUCACUAAAAGAAAAGACAAUAGGAAAAUAUGCUUUCUUUUGUAGCGACUUUGCGUAUAGGACUGCUAUAAUACCAGAGUCGUGGGCUGACUCUCUGUCACAAUACAAAAGAUAUGAGAUCUUUCAUAACAUUACUGAGAAAUGUCAAAAAGGCAGGUUGCAACAUCUUACUAUUGAGAAUAUGCAAUUUGCAAUGAUUGGAGUCAAAGAAGAUGGCGAUGCAAUUACAAAAUAUUUAUACCCAUUGGUUCCUAAAUUUAUUAACUCAACUGAUUCUGCUACCGAAACCAUUCACAGCCGUCAAUCAGUAAGUGUAGGAAUGGCUAGAAACCAGAAUCAUGAUGAUGAUGAUGCAUCAACAUCUAGCAGGAAGAAGAGGAUUAAGACUCGUGACAACAGUGGUGUGGGGCCUUGGUCAGAACUUAACCAUGAUGUGUUGUUUUUAGUUAUGAUGCAACUGAGUUUCGUUGAUUUUGUUGCAUUUAGUGGAGUUUGCAAGUCAUGGAGGUCAUUUGCACUCAGGAAGAGGUUUAUGGCAUCCAGACCACCCAUGUUGAUGUCCAUCUCUGAUCCUUCUUAUAUGAAUUCAUACUACUGCCACCUGAAGGACUUUGAUGGAAGAAAGUUCAAAACCCUCCUUCCCCAUUCUGUUGGCAGGAGGUGCGUGUUUGUAGUUAUAGAUAGACUCUACUUCAAUAUAUGGUUUUCAGUAGAGGGUAAAGGAGCAUGGAAUCAUGUCUCCUCCACUUACUCCAUCCUUGAUUUACACGCUUUCAAGGGGAAGAUAUAUGCCCGAAGCAACACUUGGCGUGUGUAUGAAAUGAAACUCAAUCCAAAGCCCAAAUUGACAUUACUCAAAAUCAAGAAUUUUCCAAAGUCAAAAUCAGCGAAUCCGGUGUUUGUAAGUUCAGAUGAGAACCUUUAUGUGAUGGAUCACGGUUUAAAAGAACCGAUUGAGGAACUAGAUUUUGGCGAAAUGAAAUGGGUAUCACCAAAAGAAAAGACAAUAGGAGAAUAUUCAUUUUUUUGUAGUGAUUGGAAGUAUGGUGUUGUAUUUAACCCAGAGUUGUGGAUUGGCCCUCGGUCACAGUUAAAGAGAUAUGAUUGUUUCUGUCGUCACACUACUACUGAUCAGAAAUGUCCAAAAGGCAGCUUCUUUUCUACAAGGAUGUGGUACUUCCCCCAUAGUUGUUUGAAUGUUGAUAUCAUAGAUGGGUGA